UCGUUCAUCAUCGUUCAUCCCACCCCUAGCAUCUGCAGCUCAGCUACCCCACCGCUUCAUGCUCUAGCCGGUGCAAGUCCGGGCACUUUGCUUUCGUGUAUUUGUAGCCCCCUUUUAGCAUCUCUUGUGUGCAGUUGCUGCAGACAUAUCUGUCCAUACAUGCUGGCAGCAUUGAACUUCAGAGCAUGUGGGUGCCAUUGCCACCGUUGGGUUAGCUGGUGCAUGGUGUUGGAGGUGGGGCUGCAUUAUAAUACUUUAGCUGCAGCAGAUUAUCUGGGGAUUUGUGGGGUGCAGCUCACGUUGGGUGGAGUUACAUGCUCAUCAGUUGCGGGUGUCGAUUCGUGUUCCGGCAAUGUUAGCUUAACUAGAGAGUGCAGUGGUGGUGAGCUGGUUGUUAAGUUGAGGAAGCUGGGGGUUUAGUCCUCGUGGAGCUCAUGAAGAGGAUGGUGAUGGUCGCAAUGCAUCGCAUGAGCUGCAUUAAGCUCGCGGUCGUACUUCUUGCCUGUUUCUCUGUUCCCCAAGCAGACUGUACUGGCGGCUCCGUGGGCGUCAAUUAUGGCACCCUCGGCAAUAACUUGCCGACCCCAAGCCAAGUCGCCCAGCUGCUCCUCUCCACUUCCCUUCGGAAUGUCAAGAUUUACAACGCCGACAAAGCCAUAAUGGAGGCCUUCGCGAAUACGAAUAUCAGGCUUGUUGUUGGAAUAGGGACCGAAUCCAUCCCCCUUCUCGCUAGCAGUCCCGCCGCCGCGCAGUCCUGGGUGCAAUCCAACAUCGCCGCACAUAUGCCGGCAACUCAAGUGACCGCCCUAGCGGUCGGUAACGAAGUCUUCACCACCUCUCCCCAAAUGUCUUCUCAGCUCGUCCCCGCUAUGAUGAACAUUCACACCGCUCUGGUAAACCUGAAGCUGGACACCAUCAAGGUGGGCACUCCCCACAACCUUCAGGUUCUGCAGAAGUCCUUCCCUCCAUCAUCCGGCACCUUUCGGGCGAACAUUUCCAAUGAAUUGAAGUCCCUGCUCGCAUUCCUAUCGACUACUAACAACCCCAUCAUGAUCAAUUUCUACCCCUACUUCGCAUAUCGCGACGAUCCCAAGAACGUGUCUCUCAACUAUGCCUUAUUUCAGCCCGAUACGGGUGUCACGGACGUCAACACAGGCCUGCAUUACGACAACAUGCUCGACGCACAGCUGGAUGCGGUGUAUUCCGCCAUGGAGCGGUUCGGCUACCACAACAUCCCGGUGUUGAUCUCGGAGACUGGCUGGCCCUCCAGUGGCGAUCCUACUGAGAUUGCCGCCAGCGCCACCAACGCUCAGAUUUACAAUCAGAAUCUGUUGAAGUACAUCGCAUCCAACAAAGGGACCCCACUGAGACCUUCCUCGUCUGUCGACGCGUACAUCUUCGCGCUGUUCAAUGAGAAUAUGAAGCCCGGACCUGGAUCUGAGCGGUUCUUCGGCCUCUUUAACGCCGACAAAUCACUAGUCUACAAUCUCGGCAUUGUGACAAACACGUAUCCACCGGCGACUGCAACUCCGCCUUACGUUUCCCCUAUCUCCCCAACCCCUGUCCUUUACCCACCUCCUCCGACACCAGUCUUCCCGCCUCCGUUACCAUCGAUUCCACCGCCGGUUUACUCACCGCCUGUUUCGCCAGUCGUAACCCCAGUGCAUCCUGCUCCAUAUACCGCCCCGGCGCAGGGCGGCAAUCCGGGUAAGACAUGGUGCGUGGCGAAGCCGGGUUCGUCUGAGAGGGACGUCGCGAAUGCGCUGAAUUUCGCUUGUGGUGAAGGUGGAGCAGACUGUGGAACCAUUCAGCCUGGAGGACCAUGUUACAACCCCAACACUUUACUGUCGCACGCUUCGUUCGCGUUCAACGUUUAUUAUCAGAAAAUGGGCAGAAAUUACUGGAAUUGUUACUUUGGAGGAACGGGUGUGAUCACCAUCACGGAUCCAAGUUAUGCUGGAUGCAGCUUUCAUUGAAAAAUUAGCAGGAAUUGAAACCGGAUUAAGGUCAAUGAUAAAGAAACUUUAAUGGAUAUAUUUGCGGUAGAGGGGGAACUACGUUAGUGCCAGUCAGGAGACGGAAGCUGGUAUUACUUAUUGAAGAUGAAUUAGAGGCUUUAAAGUGCUUAAGUUUUGUAGAAGUCCUAAUUCUCACUCUUGUUACUUAAGAACGUCGAAGAUGGCGUGCGCUGUGCGACUAGGAUAAGUUUGCAGCAUCAAGAGGGAUACGCAUUCUGUGAAAUAAAUGUUUUUGUUACAUUUCUACUGACCAUACAAUA